AUGAGCUACCGGAAGUUCAGUAGUCUGAAGCAGCAUAUAAUCAAAAAGCAUCCGAUAACGGCACCAGAUUUCCACCACCAGCAGCAGCAUAAGCAAUACCACCAACAGUUCGAUCAUUUACAGCCAGACAAUUCCAGUUGCACUGAGGAGAACAUCGCACCCAUUAUGGGCGCUGAAAGCGCAAACCUGGUUGAUGAGGAACUAGAACAAGAAGAAGAUGACUUAAUUGAAGAGGAUGAUUCAACGGAGUAUGAAGCUGGUCAUUCUAUUUCGCUGGAGAAGGAGUUCGACAUUGAUUUGGUUUUCAGACAGUCUGCUGAGGGUUUGCGUAUAAUGGAGUUGCUCAGACAAGAAAAUUCAGUUAACAGCAAGCUAAUAAAGUCCAUCACAACCGUUCUAAGUGAUUACUUAGUGAGGAGAUUCGGAUAUCAUCCUAAUAUGCACUACAAGGAUAUUAUUGCCAGAUCCUUGGUCAGCAAGUACAACGUGUUGAAGUCCAGCAGUACAGCAAUCCCUCACGCCUUAUGGUUUUAUCCUCAUGGAAGAGGGCAGGGAAAACACAGUGGAAAGAUUCACUACCACAUUGAGUACAUGGUAAAAAAAUACAAGCAACAAGUUCAUCAACCAAGGCGUCUUGGCAACGUGGAUACUAUUGAUGUUGAUGAUAACAACAUGCUACAGGCUAGUGAAAUCCAAAACGAUUCUAUUGAAAGGCUGAAGUACAUUGUCCCAACUGACGCAUCUCUGGAAGUAAUUAAAAACGAUUGGGGACAAACGUUUGGCGCCAGGAAGAUCAUCAGAGAUAAUGGUGAUGAUGCAAAACUGGUUGACGAACUGCUUGAAGCUUUCCCUCUAAUGAUUGAGUUCAGCGGAUCUUUAAUCUCAGUGGAUUUCGAAGUGAUGUUUCCUAAUGCUGGCGACUUCAAUGAAACCUGGGAAAUUUUGCAGCCAAAAAUACUGGCAAAACACCACAGCUUGCAUUCAUAUAUCAAAUCCCGUGAGUAAAUUAGCUGUGAAAAUGGAUA